AUGAUUAUAUAUGCUUUAAAAAUACGUGUAGCAUAUACUGGUUUAAUAUUUCGUAAAAUUCUUCGAUUAUCCAGUCAUUCGGUUAAUAGUCUUAGUUCUGGUCAAAUAACAAAUUUUGUAUCGAACGAUGCAAGUCAAAUUGAGUUAGCUCUUUAUUUUAUUCAUUAUUUAUGGGUUGCUCCAGUAGAAAUAGCUUUGGUUAUUAUUUUCUUUUGGCAAUAUGUUAAAUAUAUUUGUUUUAUUGCUGUUGGAUAUACAUUAUUUCUUUUAACCAUUCAAGCUUCAUUUGGUCGUUUAUUUGUUUAUCUUCGAACAAGAAUUUUACAAGUAACUGAUGAACGUGUUAAACUUAUGUCAGAAAUAAUUAAAUCAAUGCGUAUUGUAAAAAUGUAUUGUUGGGAAACAGCAUUUUAUAAUAAAAUAAUUUCAAUAAGAAAACGUGAAAUAAUACGAUAUGGUUUUCGUUUAUUACUUGAUUGUAUUCAAACAUUAUUGUCUCAUACUUAUAUGAGUGUUACAUUUUUAAUGAUGUAUGGAACAAUGUGGUCAUUAGGAAUUCAAUUUGAUACACGAUUUUUUGCACUUGCUUCUUGUAUGCUUGGAUAUAUGCGUUUAUCGAUUAUUGAUUUUUUUACUUAUGCUGUUCGUUAUCUAGUUUAUUAUUUGGCUGCGAAAAAACGUAUUCAAACGUUUCUUCUUCUUGAUGAAAGUGAACGAGAUAAUCGAUUAUUGUCAACAUCUAUGAUUGAUAUUGUAUCAGAUGGAUAUUCUACUAAAGAAGAAAUUCAUGAAGACAAAAUAAUAAUUGAUAAACCAAUAAAAACAUCUCCAAGUGUUGUAUGUAAUUUGAAACAAGCAUGUUGGGAUCAGGUAAACUCUUUCAAUCAGACAUGCAUCGGAUCCAAACAUUCGGAAUUUUGUCUUGAUUGAGAUCAGUUUUAAUCAAUUAAUAAAACGAAAUAGAAUUAAGUCAAAAGACAGAACUUCAUGCUUGGCUAUGGUAGAUCUAUAUACAGUCGAAUAAAUUAUCCAAAAAUCAAAGGUCUGCAGGCAUACUAAAAAAAAGUAUUAACAAUGCUCAGAAAUAUUUGAAUUGGAACUUAAUUGAAUCUUAAGAUACUUCUAUGAUUCGCUAAGGAAGUCAUAGUUGAGUGGCUACACAAUAGAGCAUAAGAAUUCUGACUCAUACUGAUCUUCUGUUCAGAACUACAGCUAGUAUUUGUUAUAUGGCAGAUAUCAGACUACAAUGUCUACCAUUAGGCAACACUUCAUACGGCAAGAUAGCUAAGAUAAUUAUCUAAAUAGUUGAUACUGUCUGAGCUUAUUAGACAGUUUCUGCAGUUGGACUCAAGUUUGAACGUAAACCAUUCGUCUCGAACACU